UCGCGCAGUGUGACUUGGCGCGUCUGUCACGGACUUGUCACGGUGCGGGGUCGGGCAUGUCCCUUAGUCAGCAAACAGCACUGCGACCAAAUCUCCACGUCUGCACUCCGGAAAACACAUAUCAACCGUCUCUCUUUCUGUCUUGCUUGCAUAAUCCCUUCUUGAUUUUCUUCCUCCGUCGACACUCAACCAACUUGACUGCUGCCGCUGAAAAGUAGUCAUCAUGAAGCUUGUUUUCUCGCUGUUCGCGGCGGCACUUACAGUCGGCGGGGCGCUCGCGUCCAAUGUGAUCGACCUUGUCCCGGACAAUUUCGACGAGGUCGUCGGGCAGGGAAAGCCUGCCCUUGUCGAGUUCUUUGCGCCAUGGUGUGGCCACUGUAAGAACCUUGCCCCUGUAUAUGAGGAGGUUGCAAAUUCCUUCGCACAUGCGAAGGACAAGGUCGUCAUUGCUAAGGUGGAUGCGGAUGGCGUUGGCAAGCCGCUGGGGCAGAAAUAUGGCGUUACAGGAUUCCCCACCUUGAAAUGGUUCAAUGCUGAUGGUGGCGAGCCGGAGAAGUAUGAGGGCGCCCGUGACUUUGACUCGCUUGCGAACUUUAUCACCUCGAAAUCUGGUGUCAAGUCCAGCGUUAAACCUCCGCCGCCGCCUGCCUACCAGAUCCUCGAUAUCAGCACCUUCGAUGAAGUCGUUCUGGAUUCUGACAGCGAUGUAAUUGUUUCAUUCACGGCGCCGUGGUGCGGGCACUGCAAGCGCCUGAAGCCGACCUGGGACGACGUUGCCAAGGACUUCGUUGCCGAGUCGACGUGCAUCAUCGCCAACAUUGACGCAGAUGCUGCGCACAACAAGCCGCUCGCGGAGAAGUACGGCAUCAAGAGCUUCCCCACGAUCAAGUUCUUCCCGAAGGGCCACAAGGAUGAACCUCAGGACUACGAGGGCGGUCGAUCCGAGGAGGCAUUUGUUGAGUUCCUGAAUGAGAAAUGCGGCACGCAGCGCGCGCCGGGCGGUGGUCUCACCGAGCUCGCUGGUCGUCUGCCCGAAUUCGAUACGCUCGCGUCGCAGUUCUUCGCUGCAACAGGUGCUGCGCGGGACGCGAUCUUCAAGGAUGCAUCUGAGCUUGCGGCGACCUUUGGCCCCCAUGCGAGCCACUACGUGCGCGUGAUGGAAAAGGUCGUCAAUGGCAGCGACGAGUACGUCGAGAAGGAGACGAAGCGACUCGCAUCUAUCCUGCAGAAGCGCACGCUCGCGCCGGCGAAGCUUGACGAGCUUAAGAUCAAGGCGAACAUCCUCGGGGCGUUCAAGAAGGCCGAGGAGAACAUCGGCCGCGCCACUGCAGAGCUCUAGGCUUUGUGAUGUGAGAAAUGAUGCAGCGCGAUGUAUUUACCCUAUAAUCCGAUUCCCUCGUGAAUGCGUGCAUGAUUGUAGGCGUGAGCUUCGGCGAUAUGGCGCUGCGGGAGACCCAAGGUGGGGAUGGUAUCUGUGCUAACCUGGUAUCGGGCGGACCUUCGCGCCUGAACUGCCGUGCAUAAGAGGCAGGAUGAAAGGAAAGUGGGAGAGAAGGAGGGCCCAUAUGAUUCGGACGCGUCAGGGAAUACGUUUUAGAGAACGCGGCGGAGGCGAAUAGACGUGUACCAAUCCUUCUCGCAGCGGAUAGGCUAUGUCGUGUGGCCGGCGUGGGCUGACGUGCCAGCCAGGCGUGGUUGGUAUGCAUAUGGUAGUAUGGAAGGGGAGUCCAAUUACGCGCGCAUG